AUGCCACCAAAGAAAAAUAAUAAUAAUAAUAAUAAUGAUACAAAUGUAUCAUCAAGUCAAAAUAAACAAUCGGGUAGUACUGAACAAGGUAAUAAUAGUCAACAACAACAAGGACAACAGUCUCAAAAUUCAAAUAAUACUAAACAAGAAAAAAGUGACGGUCAACGUAUUAGUAGUAGUAAUGGAUCAAGUUUCAAACCUAUACGACGUUCAAAACGAGCUGGAUUAGUCUUUCCUGUUCAUCGAAUUCAUCGUCUUUUACAAGACGCAAAUUAUCCUAUGCAAAUUCGUGAUGGUACUGCUGUAUAUAUGGCUGGUGUACUUGAAUAUUUAGUUGCCGAAGUUGCUGAAUUGGCAGGUAAUGCUGCACGAGACAAUAAACGACAACGUAUUACACCUCGACAUAUUUUUUUGGCUAUUCAUAAUGAUGAAGAAUUGAAUAAAUUAUGUGAAAAUGUCACUAUUGCUUCUGGUGGUGUUAUGCCUAAACUUCACGAAAUAUUACUUCAAUCGAAGAGUAGUCAUUCUAGUUCGCGUGGUAAAAAAUCGAAUAAAAAGUCAAAUUCAAAGAAACAACGCAAUAUAAGUUUUACUGAUGGCGAUACAACAGUUGACAGUAUUGAUGAUAAUGAAGAAUCAAUGGAUGAAUAA